CGGAAACUUGCCCCAACUGACCCAGCCAGGGCGUUUCAUCCCUUGCAAAUCAGAGGCUGCUGCCAAUGCGGCAGGCAGCCAUGGGAGGAGGAGGAGGAGGAGGAGGAGGAGGAGGAGGAGGAGGAGGAGGAGGAGGAGGAGGAGGAGGAGGAGGAGGAGGAGGAGGAGGAGGAGGAGGAGGAGGAGGAGGAGGAGGAGGAGGAGGAGGAAGAGGAGGAGGAGGAGGAGGAGACGGAGGUGGCAGGAGGCAGCGGCCGGAGGCAGCGACCUGCACUGGAAGAAGAGAGAGAGGGAAACGCUAGAGGCGUCAAUCAGUAAGCGGACCAAACCCGAGCGAUGGAAAGAAGCGAUGGACUGCGAGCAAUGGUUGAGAGCAAGCGACGACAGAACAUGGGAGCAAUGUAGACAGAUCAAUGGUUGACAGAUCAAUGGUUGACAGAUCAAU